AUGGCAACGGCGGCAUCGGCAGCAACGGCGGCGGCUACGGCGGCGGCGAACGCGGCGAGCGAAGCGGAGGGGGAGGAAUGCCCCCUGGCGGCCAUCUUCUACGCCGAGUUCGACGACAACGAGGGCGGCAAGAUCCUCCACCAGUACCCGCCAGAGAAAUUCACGCGGACGCACUGCAAGAUGCUCUCCUCGCGAAUAAUCUGCGACAAGGAGUUCUGCGAGAGGGUUUCCGUCGUCGACUCCAUGGCCAUCCCGUGGACGCUUGCCUCCUUCCCCUCCUCGAUCAAGGACGAAAAAUUGUACAAGCGGAAUUGCCUCAGCUUCAACAUAAGCUUCGUUUUCAAGAAGGGCCACGCCCAGGCGCCGGUGGUCCCGUACGACAGGGACCCGUUCAUCAAGGUUCUCGAACGGUUCGGGAGGUGGCUGAGAGAAAUGGAGCUUAGGUUCGGGUACCUCAAGUCGGGUAAACAAGUGAACAAGGUCCGGUUGCAAGAGCUGCUGGCAAGGGCAUACAAGGGGCUGAAGACCGACCGCAGGGCCUUGCUCAUGCUCACCGGUCCGGGUUGCACCUCGCUCAUGCCCCUCCUGCAGCCCUACGUGGCGGCCACCCCGCUCAAGGACUGGCGGAAGAUCCAAGACCACGACGUGCCGGCGAGGCGCUGCCCCGGGCUGGUGGAGAGCGUCUCUGCAGCCGCGAGCGAGCUUGCCAUGGACCCGGACGCCGUGUGGGGUCCGGAGGUGGACCUGGUGGUCCAACAGGUUCUGCCGCACGUAAAUGGGGUCAAGCACGUCAAGAAGAUAUCACGGGACUCCCAGGUGGAGAUCGCGGCGGUGAAGGCGGCCCUGCGGUGGGUUCUCUACACCAACCAGAUCUCCCUGACGGACGUCUUCCGCUACAGCAACAUCUACGUCCAGACAACCACCACGGCAGAGUACACCAAGCGGAAGGACUUCAGGAUGGCGUGCUGGGAACGGAUAGCGAAACCGGUCGUCGCUGCCUCAGUUGCCGACAACGUUUCCUCCGCCGGGGGAGACGCAGAAGGAAUGUACCAAGGCCCAGCCUCCCAGCAGCAGGAAGAGGCCCCCAGCGCGGAGGGGGGGGCCGCGGGUGGAGGCUUGACCGUUGGUAACGGCACGUCAUCAUCGACAGCGGCAACGCCAAGGGCGGCGCUGCCAGAGAGCGACUGGGGGGCAGUCGAGGGAGACGGGGCGGGCGGCGGAGGUGGUGCUGGCAUCGAGGCCGAGACAGGAACCAUUCCGGAUGCCCCCCACCCCGCCUGUCUUCGGAGGCUUUACGGCAGCUUCCAGUGCGACCGGUCCGUGAUGGACGUGCUCAAGAUCGCCGAGGGGCCCGAGGGCUUCGUGGAGCAGUUUGACCACCGGAGGAUGUGCGCGUUCGGCGCGGAGGUGGGCAUCCUCAGAAGGCUUCACUGCGCCCCUCACUGCGUGAGGGCGGAGGGGAAGGAGGCGGCGGCGCGGAGAGAAGAGGUGGACAGAGCGAGCCACCCACGACGCUCACUGGGAGACCGCUUCGAUCUUGAGUACGUGCAACGGUUAAUGAACGGCAGGCGGACGGAGGACGCCCUGUGCUGCUUCCUCUCCUGCUCUCCACAGGAGCUGACCGAGUUCGCCACCAGCGACGGAAGCAAGGUCUACCGACUCCACCCGUUUUGAUACUACUGCUGCAGUGUUUGUUGGUGUGCUGCUGUAGUACCCCGUGUUUCAUCUAAGAGCAUUUGUGCUCCCCGCCGGAGUGAUGCAUGUAUCUAUCUAUGUAAGCAUUCCAUUUCUCCUUCAUUGCCGGGAGGUUGUUGGGAUAUUUUGUUUUUAUGCAGUGUUUUUUUUUUGUUUUUUGGGGUCGUCCGCUGGUUUACGGAAGAGUUGCGUUCUUGUGGGCUCCAACGGCAAGAACAAACACAUGUCACAUCGGCGUUGCUGCUGCUGGAGUCCUCCACCUACCUAGCGAAGUGAU